AGAAAUAAAUAACUCCCUGGUCUCCAUGACUGUGGAACCGAAGAGAGGAUGUCGCGCAACAGUGAUACAGCAAUGUAGUAAACAGGCGCGUUCUGGGGCCAGACAUGAAUUAAUGGGAAUCCUUGACGGCAGGAGAGCGUGGAGAGGAGAGAGGUGACCGCACCACCAGCAGCUACCGGCUCACCGAAUGGUCACAUAUUAUCAAAUCACACGCGUCUGACGUAGAAGCCGAUUUUAGAGGAAACACGCGAACCAGAGGAGCCAAAAAGAACAUAUAUGCUGGCACCUCCAGUGGAAUGACCUUACUGGGUGUUAUAUUGUUCAGUCUUCAAGAAGAACGUAUUGUAAAUCGCGACGUAUGAGGCUUAUUUCUAUAGUCACUUUAUUAGUGAUGAUAUCCAUCGUUGGAAACAGUUUAGGCUGGUUGCACAAAAGAGCCUCUCGGAGACCGUGUUUAAUUGCGGAUUAAGGCAAAUCAGACGGAGGGAAGCGGGGAAGCACAACAACAAGGAGCCGUUUUCUUUAUUAGUGGGAGUAGGGGGCGGAUUGGGGGAGACGGGUUAAGGUUGGGAUUAUCGCUCGGAUGGUGGUUCGGUGGAUCCCGCGACCAUGCGACGACGGUGCUGGAUGAUAGUACUAGCGGGGAUGAUGUCCUCCUUCAACCCGGAGAGGGCUUUAGGAGCCCCGCAGAGGGAAGUCUCUUCAUCCAGCAGCGGCUCUCUCUCUCCUCCUCCCUAUGCGAUCCUGCUCAUCUCGUGCUCCGGCCUUGUGUCCUUCGUCCUGCUCCUUCUUACCUGCCUCUGCUGUAAGAGAGCAGCGGUGGGCUUCAAUGAGUUUGACAAUGCUGAGGGCGAGGAAUGUUCCGGAGCCUCUAGUCCGCUGCCCGAGGACAGUCUCUCCUCCUGCCCCUCGCUGCCUGAGGUCUACACCCUCCCCCUCAGGGAGCGUGCCAACUACUCUGCCCUACCCAAUGGCACGGACUUGAAAUCCCAAUGUCUCCGAAGACACGCACUCAAUUAUCUCCAAGAGAUUGGAAAUGGCUGGUUUGGAAAGGUGAUCCUAGCUGAGUUGCUGGGAGACCGCGGCUCGGCCCAGGCUGUGGUAAAGGAGCUGCGUGUCAGUGCCAGCCCCUUGGAGCAGAGGAAGUUCCUGGCUGAAUCAGAACCCUACAGGAGCCUUCAGCAUCCAAAUGUACUGCAGUGUUUAGGCCAGUGCAGUGAGACCACCCCCUUUCUCCUGGUCAUGGAGUUCUGCCAGCUGGGUGACCUGAAGAGGUAUCUGAGGGCUCAGAGGAAGUCAGAUGGCAUGACCCCUGACCUUUUGAACCGUGACCUGUUGACCCUGCAGCGAAUGGCUUUUGAGAUCACCUCUGGCCUUCUCCAUCUUCAUGAGAACAACUACAUCCACAGUGACAUGGCUCUGAGAAACUGCCUCAUCACAUCUGACCUGACUGUUAGGAUAGGAGACUAUGGUCUGUCACACAACCACUACAAGGAGGACUAUUACUUAACACCAGAUAAACUGUGGAUUCCUCUUCGUUGGAUUGCCCCCGAACUGCUGGAAGAGUAUCGUGGAAGUCUAAUUGUCACUGACCAGACCAAGACCAGCAAUGUCUGGUCUUUAGGUGUGGUGAUCUGGGAGCUGUUUGAGUUUGGCUCCCAGCCCCACAGGCACCUGAGCGAUGAGGAAGUGCUCACCUUCGUCGUCAGGGAGAGGCAGAUCACGCUGGCUCAGCCACGCCUCAAACUGUCCCAUGCAGACUAUUGGUAUGAGGUCAUGCAGUCUUGCUGGCUGUCGGCGUCUCAGCGGCCCUCGAUCGCCGAAGUCUUCCUCCUUCUCUCCUCUCUGCUUGCUGCGGAACGCGGAAUGAGCCGCAGAAGCAUGGGAGACGACGAAGAUGAGGAAGAGUACGAAGAAGAAGAUGGGAGAGGGAGAAGAGGGGAGAGCGAGGAUUCAUUUGAGAGGCGGUGGGAUUCACUCCGUCCACCAGCCUUCCAGACAGCGGCGGGGGAGAGACUGAGGGAGAGGGAGUACGCAAGGGAAAAUAAUGGCUACCAGAGUAGUUGUGGCUCAUUUCCUCUGCUUGACCCGGUGGGAAACAGCAUCACUCCCUCCUCCUCUGAGCUUGACGACAUCCUGACCGUGACGGAGACCAGCAAAGGGUUAAACUUUGAGUACUUCUGGGAGAAAGCCAAUGGGAGGAGGGGUUACAAACCUCUCCCGCCACCUCAGCCAAUCCCAACUCCUAAUUCAACGCACAGGCAGUCCUUGGACACGCCUACUGUUGUCCCGGUGAUCAGUGCUCGUAGCCCUUCCCUCGCAAGUGAAUAUUACAUCAGACUGGAGGAGCACACCCCCCAGGACAAAUCCCCCACUCUUAAAGGCAGAGCUCACUCUCACAGGACAGAGUCCCCAUCUUCAGGGGACCUGGAGCUUGAGGAGAUUCAGAGUGGAAUGCUCGUACAGGAAGAGAUAGGACAUGGCUCGGUCCAGGUGGUGCACACCGUGAGGUCUAGCGAGGUUCAGGUGCUGGUCACGAACACAGGCGUGGUGGAGUUCAGCAAGGGGGGCAGCAACAGAGUCACGGAUUUCACGGUGGUAGACAUUGGGGAAAGGGCAAACGAGAGGGAGGGGAAACCAAAGCAGCUCCACGGUUCUCAAGCACCCAUUCUUCCCCCAAAGCCCCGAACCGUGCCACCCAGCUCGGGUAAUCUCAUCCACUCGCGCCCCCUGCCAGUGCCGCCUAUUGGGUACCACCGACAAAUCGGACUGGGUCACUACCCUGGCUCCUACCCCCUUGGCAAGGGACAGGGAGGAAGCUGCUCAGUGCCAAAGGCUACUUUUGACCAUUUAGGACUGCACCGUCAUCGCCAGACUAUGCCACCCUCGCCCUCCCUGUCCCCCUCCAUACCACAGUCCUCUGGGUGCCAUCCCAUCUACCCGCCGCCCCAAAACUGCCCCCCACCCCUCCCUCCCCAUUAUAGAACCCAUCGUGCUCCUUACUACCCUGGAGAACUUUACACCAGUCGCUAUAGUUCAUUGCACUUACGAAGAGACCCCCUGUCCAACGACUAUCUCGAAAAGAGGCCCCUUGACAAAGGAUUGACACGUUCCCAGUCAUUGUACAAUUCAAGGGGAGUUUCAGACGCCCAGUCGAGAGACAUAGAAUCCCCUGUCCACAGAGACUCUCCUCGUUCAAAAAUGACGCGCUCUCAGUCCAUGAUUCCUACGAUAGAAAGACAUUCCUCCUCCAGCCCGACCUUCUCGGAAGAUGAGGAUGAUGAUGAUUCGCCAUUUGAGUCCCCGACUCGACUCCGUGAAGGAACCACAAUCCAGCACACCAGCCUAAUGGAGGAACGGGACCCCGACACUGCCGAGCUGCUGAACCGGGGAAUGAAGCGCACACAGUCCCGCCUCGCCACCAUCCUGCCUGCCAUUUGGAGAGAGGAUGAGGAGAUAAAGGAGCGAGCAGAGGCGGCCAGGAAGUCCCCCUUGCAUCUGUUCCUGACAGAGAUCUCCAGCGGUAACGAGUCCACCGACUCCAAAACAGACGAGACGACGUGGAGCCCUGGCAGCCAGAUGAGAAAAGAGCAGAUGGAGACGGAGAGAGAGACACUUGGGAACAUUCACUUUCCCUUGAGGGGAAUGCGCCGCUCCCAGUCCCUUGUGACAGAGCUCGGUUCUGCCGCAAGAACUUGGGACAGAGACAUUCUGACAUGCACAGACAACAGGAAAGGAUCCGUCAAAAAGGACUUGUUCCUCACUGAAAUCAACACGGAGAGGAGGGACAGUGAAGACCUAGAUGAGGACUCCAGUUCUGAGAGGUUUCAUGCCAAUAUCUGCCCCCCUGGUCUGCCAAGUUACGCUGAGGCUGAGGAGGCUUUCUCGAGAGGAAUGAGGAGAUCGCGGUCUCUGCUAUCAGAGAUGUAUGAGAGGACCGAGAACGAGCCCAUAAGGAAAGGAGAAAUGACCAGAGAGGAAUUCUUGAAAGAGAUCCAGUCUGCUGAGACGUUUCUUACAGAGAUCAUAACUAGACAACGCAAGCAAGAAGAAGCUUUGGCCUCUACGCCGCCCACAUCUCCUGAGUAUGAGUCCAUAUGCAUCGACCCAGAUGCCGGUCAGACCAUAACAUUCCAGUCCGAGAGGCCUAGCACUGGGACAAGCAAUCCGCCGACUGAUUUGAAGGAGGCCAUUUAUGCUCAAGUUACCAAGCGCGCAAAAAGGAGCGAAAUUAAAGUUGCCGUGCGUCCAGAAAUUCCAAUACUGCAAAUAGGUUCUGAAAAAUAUGCUGCCAAACUGGACCGAAAAAGCACCAGCCCCGGUACUUCCUGGCCCGCUGACUCACAGAAUGAAGGAGCAGUUGACAACGAUGAAGCCAGUUCACAUUCACCAUCAAACCAUGAAACCACCAUCACACCCAGCAGCUUGGACUUAUCUGGGGUCUUGUCGAGAAGUGGUCUUUUUCCUGGCCAACUGCUGCCUGGUACAAAAGAAGAUUCAUUUUCACCGAAAGAUUUCACAGAGACCAACGAGACACAGGACAGUGAGGUACUGCCGCCAGAGGAGGGUCAAGAGAAAACAUAUGUACAUGAUUCAGGUUUACACAUACAAAGUGAAAUGAAAACAGUUGCUAUAGAAGAGAACGAAACUCAGUCUCAGCCCUUGUCUCACGAGAGUACUGAAGAAGCUGUAAGAGAUAUUGAUGAUGUGUUUACUCCUGGAUGCCCUCCGCCAGAGACUGUUCUGACAGGCCACAGCACUAGAGGAAAAGGAUUUGAUGCAAUAGGGGAAAACAAAGAAAGCAAUAAUGCAGAAAAUCUUGACACAACCACAGUAAUGGACAAAGCAGCCAGCACUGAAAGCACUGUUGAACAUUCAAAGCAAAGUGUAAAUGAGACCACAUAUUUUGAUCUGUCAGAUAAUACAAGUAUGGCUACUGGGGAGGGCUGUGAUGCAGAAAUGUGUACUGGGGUUGGUCAACAACAAAACAUAUCAGCUCACCUCAGGUCACCUACCUGUGUCUCAUCAAAUACUACAGCCAAACUGUCCCCAGUAAAUUCUGCAAAGAACUUAAGUACAGCAUCACACCACAUGGAAAGUGAUGAUUCACACACUAGUAAUUCAGUGCCACCUAUACCUAACCAGCUGUCUUUGGCAGAAGCUUUGGGUCAGAAGCCGUACAGUCAACAGACACCUGCAGAUUCUUGUUUCUUGCCACUAACCUCUACACACCAGACCACAGCCAGCCAGCAGACACCUACAGACUCCACGCUCUCUCCCCUAAACUUCACCCAGCAGACCCCAACAGACUCCAGUUUCUCCCCACUGACAUCCACCCAGCAGACCCCAACAGACUCAGCCUUCUCAACCCUAACCUCCGCCUCCAGCUCCACAGACUGUCUAGCGUCUGGAGACCUAUUGGUGGGCGGGGGGGCGGGCAGUGGGUGGCGAGCUCUGGGAACGGAGACCCCCCACAGGGACUCCGCUUACUUCUCAGAUAGCGACUGGGAAUCAGGAGAGGGAUUAGCCAGACGAGUAGGAGACGGGUUGGGCUUGAGCCGUCCAACCAGCGGUCGAGUAGGAGACUUGAGGGGAGUGCUGAUGGGGAUCGAGGAAAAGAUGGAGCUAGAGGAUGAGAAGGGAAAUGGUAACAAAAUGCAGGAUGAGGCUGUCGUCGUCAUCAUGGUGGAGGAAAAGAACAAGAUUGAUGAGGAAAAACACAACAGAUGGUCUGAAAAAAUGGAGUUUAACAAGGAGAAUUUCACAGAGAAAGAUCUAAUUAACUCUCAGCAUAAUGAUUGUGGACUCAAAGUCUUAACAGAAGGAAAACAUGAGGUACAGGAACCAAGCAAUGAUGGACAGUUAUCUAAAGAUCCUCAGAACAAAAGUAAUGUUGAGUUUAUUGCUAAAUUGUUCUCCACUUUGGAUGACGAACCUUUCACAGGGUUUCCAUACAGUUGCAACAGCCAGCUAAGUUAUGAAGCAUUUUCACAAAUGGACGAAGCAGAGAUAUCCCAAAUUCAGUCAAAAGACAAUACAUACUGUGACCAGUCUGAAACCAACCCGUUAUCAGUGAUGUCAAAAACAGUCCCUCAAUUUGAGCCUCAAAGUGACACUCAAUUACAACCGUUGUUAGAUAAAGAAGACAGCGAAAUUCAGUCAGAUGUGUAUGAGGUGACUUCAUGUUCAGCACUGAAGGAAUCAGAUAGUGGAUCGGACCAAGAAGGGUUACUGAGACCAACCAGCACGAAUCCUGACAGCAGUGAAUCUAGACUGUCAAGGUUUUACAAUAUUCACUCAAAUGACUCCGGCAGCAAUACUCAACUGAAUUUUGAGGAUCACAUGAGUGAUUUGGAGGAACACGCCUGCAGUUCCCUCUUCUCUGAGGGAAGUGUUAACGUACCAGCAGAAGAGGACAUUGAUACAUUUAAAAUGCAGAAUGACGACGCUAAUGAGCUUGGUCUGAGGAAUCUGAGUUAUUUGGGUGUCAUAGACGAAGUAAAAGCCUUGGCGAAGUCAGAGAGUGAAAGGCAGUUGGCUGCUGGAGAGCUGUGCUUUUCAAUGAAAGAGGCGUCUCAAGGUGAGGGAGAAGUUCCAGUCGCUCCGAGCGAGUCCUCCGGCCCGGGGACAUUUGAGGUUAACAGCAAUGGAGAGUCUAAAGGGCUGGAGCUCAAGGCGGAAGAACUCUGGAACACCCUUGAGGAGGAUGAGGGGACAGGAGAAUCUGUUAAAGGGGAACUAGACUGUCACCGCUUCCAGCAGGAGGACUUGCACCUCUGGCCAGCGGAAAACGACCAGUGGGCUUCGGCAGAGACUCGGAGGCCCGAGGCGGAGCUCGGUUCUGAGUUUUACCCGAGCUUUUGCAAAAAGGCCUGGGGAGAGAAGAACGGGCUGGACAUGGGACGAGAAUUCUGGGACGCAGAAGCCAACGAUGAGUUGGCAGAAGCCAACGAUGAGUUGGCAGAGAGUGAGCCCCACCCUAUUGCACGCCAGAAAUGCGAGGGGGAUUUUAAUGACGAAAGACAAGGGAAGACUGACCACGCUGAACUGGAGAGUUCAUUUUCAGUGCAGACGGUAAGCAGUCGUGAUUUUACAGUCUCUGCAGGUCUGCACACCUUCCCCCAGGAAGCAGCCGUACAGCAAGAUGAAAACAUUGAAACCCUGGACCAGGGUAGUGAUAUGGAUUGCACUGGAGAAGCUGUGGAAAUAGAGGUUGAAAAUAUAGAGAACCCAGAGCUGGAACCUCCCAGCUCAGCCAGGGUUAGACAUGCAAUGCCUGUUGAGGACAGCGGUACUUUGGUCGAGGAGUACCCAGGAUUCAGCAGGAUUCUGGGAGAUGGUGAAGCGGAGGAGAAUCAAAAUUUUAACAAACAGAAGGAAAAUUAUGUAGCAGACACUGGAGACGGGAGUGAAGAGCUGUGCUCUCUUACGCCAUACUCCAGUGAGACUAAUUUUGGUGCUGCAGGGUUUGAAGCAGAGGCAAACAGAUGCCACAUUCCUGACUCUGAUCUUAAGAGUGCAUCACUGAUUGAGAUUCAGAAUCAUAGCGCUUGCAUACAGGAUGCAGAAGACCAUGCUUGUCAACCAACUAAAAAAAAGAAGACAGGGGAUGGGAUCUUUGAAGAUGCCAGGGAAGAAAGCAGGUCUGAUUCUCCUUCAUGUCCCAACCUCACGAACACUGCAGAUCCUUGCAAGAUGCACAGUAAUAAUACACAAUGUUUAUUGUCUGAUUUGGUGUCUGAGGAUAUCAUCAAUUCUGUACCCCCACCUCUUUCACAACAUGACAAGUGCCAAAGCCCCACAAAUUUUCCCAAUGUUGUGCACCAUAUAGAGAUCAAGGUGAGCUCUGACAAUGAUCUUGGCAUGGACAGCACCUGUGCAGGCCUUGAUACCAGACAGGAACAAGAACUCGCAAAAUCUCCAACAAGCGAGGUGCCGCCCAGUGUCCCACCCCAAGCACCACCUUCAGCCGUCAGCACCAGUAGCAAAGGAAUCUCAGCAAACAUUAGUGUACUAGUGCCUGUGCAAAGACUGGAGUCAUCUGACCUGGGAGAAGAGCACAACCACAAAGAUGCAAACAGCGUCGGUGACGCUGCCUUAAAUAACAUCAGCCUUUCCCAGAAGGCCUCCCUUCCACAGCUUUCCCUCGGCUCCGUCAGUUCCAUCCCCGAAUUGUUGAUAUCCGAGUGGAAGGAUCUGGAGGAGGAGCCCUUGGAGGAUUUUGAGAAACUGGAGCAGCUCUGCCGCAUCUCCGGAGAUGAGGAUUCCCUCGGAGAUCUCUUCCUGGGUAAUCUGGAGCUGCUCGAGUCUCUGAAAAAGACUCCAGAGCAAAGACUGAAGAGCAUAAGUGAGACUAAUGAGGGCGAGGAGGGUACAGAAGCAGAGGAGCCCUCCAAUGAAGAAGAUUCCAGAAGACUAGAAAUGAAAAAGGAGGUUGACUGUUUGUCAGACACUUUACUGGCCAAUUCUGAGCAGCAGGGGAGAUAUGAUGACUCCAAUCAAAACAAUAGCCCUGGGUCUUCCUGGGGAAAGCAUCUUUCACCAGACAUUGACAGGAAGACUCUCCAGGGCACAUCAAACCACUCACCAAGUCAUGUUGGUGACAGUGCUAAGGGUCAAAGGUCGCUGUCAACAAUGCCCACAAAAAAUGGUCUCAUGAUGCAGGUGUGUGAAGAGAGGUUGCAGUACUCACUCAGUGAGAAUGUGAACACUAAUAUCCUUUUGGGCCCCACGGUCAGCGACAGUGUCGUGCUGCGACCGUGGGGUGACACUGCUGCCAAGGAGCAGGAGGAGGAGGAGGAAGGCGACAGCACUGCAAACAUACAAAACACCAAGAGCAGAGAAGAGCCUGAGGCUGUUGAUGCGUCUCUGCUGGUGAAGGAGGCUGCUGAGGCCCCGCUGGAGCCUCUGACUCUGAUCGAGCAGCCUGAGAUGACUCCCUCCCCACCAGCUGCAAACCAAGCAAUGAAAGCUAAACUGGCUCGUCUCUCCCUUUCCUUGCCUCCGCUCGCUCUCUCCCUCCCUUUGUCUCCCAGUCCCAAGGUAGGGUUUUGGGAAGGGGGGGAGAGCAGAGACAGAAGUGGGAGAAGGAGGGGGCUACCGGCAGGAGGUGAUCCCGACGACGAUGAGGAAGAGGAGGAACAGGACGACGAGACAUCCAGGAGGGUGAUUGUUGUCACAGAGACCGAUGUUGAUAAAAGAGUGGGAUUGAGGAGUUUACUGAAGUCACCACGGGAGCCUGUAGACAGUGAUAACAGGGACAGGGGAAGGAACGUGUCCUUUUUUGAUGAUGUCACAGUCUACCUCUUUGAUCAGGAAACUCCAACCAAUGAGCUCGGUUCCACUCCCACAAGUCCAUGUGCACCGGGAAAAUCAUCUCAUUUUGAUGGAUUUGGCACAAGCAAGAUGAGCAAGAGCAGAGACCAUUCCACAAAGGCAAGGUCCCCCACAGGCUCCACGCGUGUGUCAUCAUCCCGCUUCACCGUCAGCCCCGCUGAUGAUCCUCACCAUGUCUGAUGACACAGUGUGUAACACAUCACCGAACUGUCAAAAUAGCAGAGGGGUCAUAUCCAACACUACAACCCCUAGUACUCCUACUAAUGCUACUACUCUCUAAUGUCAUUUUUUAAAUAGGGCAACAGAAACACUCCCGUUCCUGAAACUGGUGGCAUUCCAGGUUUUACUCGCUGCAGGAUUUUUGAUGUUGAUUUGUCUUAAUAUCCUUCAACGCCAUGUUUGAGGAACAUAUAUAUAGAGAGAGAUGAAUGACCGUAUGUGUCAGUAACUCACAUUGCUGAAGAGUCUGGAGUUGGCCCAUUCUCUAACAGACUUAACAGCUAUGCAAUGGGAGUCUCAUCGUGUACCAGCUUGUAUUUUUGAGCUUCUAACCUUUGUAUUUUAAGGCACUUUCUCUCCCCAUUAUGUGUGAACUUGAAUUAAUAUAACUUGCAUUUGUAAAUUUGUUCUCAUAGCAGUCGGUCAUCCGUGUUGGCUUCAGCUGAAAGGGAACAUGACUAUUAAAAGUGCAGUACUCUCUGGCCAUUUGUAUAAAUUAACGAUAGUGACUCUUACAGGUGUAUACAACCUCAUUUUAGAACUAUUUAUUUUGGAUGUAUUCUUAGAAUGCACGCAAUGAAUAAACAUGAAUCCAUGAAGUUUUAUUUCCUUAUUUAUUUAUUUGUUCAUUAUUUAUUACUGUAUUUAUUUAUUUACUUAUUUAAUUGUUUGUCUGUUGGUUUGUUUGGUUUUGUUUGACUUACUCCUAUGUAAGGAUUGCAUACCGAUGUAGAAUCACAUUAUUUUUCAGGUAUUGCAUUUGCUGAUUAGACCUUUUUUGGUCUAUAAAUUCUCUUCAACAAAAGUACAGUAAAAUAUUUCCCCACAUCUUUUCAAUACUUUGACAUGUUUUUCAUUAGUUAUAGUCUUUUGUAGCUUUCAGCUGUCACUAUGUACAGUAUAUGUCUUAUUGUGUGUCGGUUUACCAUUUAUUUUUUAGCACUGCUGACCAUUUCUUUCCCAUAUUUUUUUUAAGUAAUGUAGCUUAGCAUGACAAAAAAUUAAAUUGGCCAGUAUAAGUAUAAGUUUACUUAUCUACUCCUUCAUUUUGUACACUUCUACAUCUAGUAGUUUAGUUCCAGCAUUUGUUGAGUCUGUUUCAGCGUCAGUUUGAUAUUGUAUUGUUUAAAGAACAAAUCUCACGACACUGUACAAAGCUGGGGAAAUAAAAACAACAUGAAAACUGUGAAACAUUUAUGGAUCUGUUUGAUGAAAAUAAAUUGUACUGUCUUAUAA